UCACACGAGUGUUGCAAUGGCGGAGUUUGAUCUCACUACCCGUAUGGGGCAAUAUUUGGACCGGCAUUUGGUGUUUCCCUUGCUAGAAUUUCUAUCUGUAAAAGAGAUCUACGAUGAGAAGGAACUAUUGCGUGGCAAGCUGGAUCUGCUUAGCAACACCAACAUGGUGGAUUUUGCAAUGGAUGUGCACAAGGGCUUGUACCCUGGCAAUGACGUUCCAGCAGCAUUAAAGGACAAGCGUGGUCAGGUGGUCGGUCAGCUGAAACAGCUGCAGGCCGAGACGGAGCCAAUAGUAAAGGUGUUUGAAGACCCAGAGGUUACCAGGCAAAUCCAGACGUCUCGAGAUGGGCGACAAUUGUUUGAUUACCUAUCAAAGAACCAUGGGUUCAAAUCGUCUUGGCUGGAUACCUUAUAUCAAUUCGCGAAGUUCCAGUACGAGUGCGGAAAUUACUCAGGUGCUGCUGAGUAUCUAGACUUCUACAGAGUUCUAGCUCCGGGACACGACAAGAACUACCUGCCAGCAUUAUGGGGAAAACUCGCCUCGGAAAUCCUUAUGCAAAACUGGGACAAUGCCCUGGAGGAUCUAAACCGACUUAAGGACAUCAUCGACUCUAACACGUUUGGGUCGGCUCUGCAGUCACUGCAGCAGCGCACGUGGCUUGUGCACUGGAGUCUGUUUGUCUUCUUCAACCACCCGAAGGGACGCGACCUCAUCAUUGAUAUGUUCCUCUACCAGAGCCAGUAUUUGAAUGCCAUCCAAACAAUGUGCCCUCACAUUUUGCGAUACCUCACGACGGCCGUGAUCACGAACAAGCGCAGACGAACUGUUCUCAAAGACUUGGUGAAAGUAAUCCAACAGGAGUCGUAUACAUACAGGGAUCCAAUCACCGAGUUCCUGGAAUGCCUCUAUGUGAACUUUGACUUUGAUGGAGCGCAGGAGAAGCUGAGGAAGUGCGAAAGCGUUCUCAUAAACGACUUCUUCCUCGUCGCCUGCUUGGACGACUUUAUAGAGAAUGCACGUCUUUUCAUCUUCGAGACAUUCUGUAGAAUCCACCAGUGCAUCAGUAUCAAGAUGCUGGCAGAGAAGUUGAACAUGACUCCUGAAGAGGCCGAGCGGUGGAUCGUAAACCUGAUCAGAAACGCGCGGUUAGAUGCGAAGAUCGACUCCAAGCUGGGUCACGUGGUGAUGGGCGCUCAGGCUGUGUCCCCAUACCAGCAGGUGAUCGAAAAGACAAAGUCGCUGUCAUUCCGUUCGCAACUGCUAGCCAUGAAUAUCGAGAAAAAACUAGGAGCGAAGACUCAAGAAGGAGUGCCACAAUGGGGCGAGUAGUCAUUCUUACAUCUACAACAGAUCACUCUCCACAUCAUAGAGUACAGUCUGUACAAAGAAGCGAACACUUCCUUCCACCUUUAAUGUAAUCCGCCGCAAUGGAAAAGUGGUUAAUAGAAUUAUGGGCAUUUCCGAAUUUUA